CAUAGCAUUUUAUAUCUUUCGAGACGAGUAUAUUCAGGAUGGUAUCGUGAAUGCAACAUCAUUCCACAUACGACGGAUGUUGAUUUUGCUGCUCCUAUCGAAGAAUACACACCGAAGCUCCUGAACGAACUAUUUUAUGGAGGCGAAUUUUUCCUUAGCAGAACGCUUGGACUAGUGAGUUAUUACAACACUUCCACUUCAAAAGUAUCUUAA